AUGGCAGGAUUCAUGGCACCGACAGCCUCCGGGUCCGACCUACACUCCAACCUAAGCUCGACAAUGGCAGCAACUUCCUCCUCGUCUCUGAACUCAUUCACAGACCACUCGACAUACCCUCUGAUGCGGCAUGGCGACCGCACCUACUUUCGCGACCCAGAGAACGUAUAUCCUCUGCCCUGCGACUUGCCCGAGAUCCACCGCCAAAGCUUGCGCACGUUAAUGCUGCUGCGCGUCCUCGGCGGUCCAUUUUGCAACCCCCACUUAGCCAAUCAGCCGCCCAAACGCAUCCUGGAGAUCGCAUGCGGGUCCGGCUUGUGGUCUGGUCUGUGCCACGAAUAUUUUUCUCGCAGGGGCCAUCCGAAUGUGGCCUUUGCCGGAAUUGACGUGGUCAAUAUUGCGCCGGACCUGCGCAAACAGGGCAUGAAUUGGCAGUUCAAACGACAUGAUCUGCGCCGCCCUCGCUUGCCCUUCCCCGACGAUUAUUUUGAUUUCGUUUUUAUAAAGGAUGCUGGCAUGUGUCCUUCCAGUCCGGCGCAAUCUGCGUCGGGCUUGAGUGAACCUUUGCGUGUGCUCAAGUCUGGGGGAAUCUUGGAGGUAUGGGAUUCGGAUUGGAGCUUCCGGUCCCUGCUGCCCAAUCCGGCUCCGGCGCGUAAAACCACCUCCAAAGAACAGGAGAUUGCUGACGCAACGGCUACCUACACAUUUUCCUCUGCCACGCCAUUCACACGAGCGCAGAACAAAUUCCUGGUUGAUUAUAACUCCUGGGUGGAGAAGUCGUUUGACCGGCGCAAGUUGACAGCGCUACCGUGCGCCACUAUCGGACUGUCUUUCAAUUCCGAAGUAGAUCUGCUGGAGAAUGUGGACAGUCGCCGUGUCGCAGUUCCACUUGGAGAAUUGCGAUGGGAGCGGGACGGACAGGGCAAUGAUACCAAGGGCCGUCCACGAAAGGCUCUAACACCAGAGCAAAUAUCUAUCCGGCGAACAGCCCUUCUCACAACAAUCCAAAUGAUUGAAGGGCUGGAGCCACUCCUAAUGGAAUCCAGCGGGAAGGGACGCGACGAAUGGGAUCGAUGGUGGGCGGCGAUGACAGCCGACCUCCUGCAGAAAGGCGGGCUUGCCAGUGGCGAGUGUCUUGAAGUGAGUGCCUGGUGGGGUAGAAAAAAGUGA